AUGCAUUCAUUUCUAUUCGUUGGCAAUCAUAAAUCACAACCAGCACAAGAUUACAGUCGAACAUCGAAUUCUAAGAAUCUCGAUGAUUUCAUCAAACGAACGGAACAGGAACGUCACAAACGUGAACUCACGCGAAAACAAUUGUAUUCUGCAAUUAAAAUUCAAAGUUUCUAUCGAAGAGUCCGUGCACAGAAAGAACUAACAAAACUAGCUCGUGUACGUAUCACAACCUUGAUAGCUCAACUACAAUCAACUAGUUUCAAUGAGGAAAAUCUCAUACACCUUGCGAAUUUAAUUAAAUUCGGUUUUCAACCGAAUACAGACGCAAAUCUAAUGAUGUCAUUGAUCGAUCCAUGUUGGAAACAUCGUCAAGCGAUUGUUGAGAAACUUUCUAAUGAUAAUCUGCCAUUAAAAAUUGCCCUUGCUAAGCUAUUAAAAUAUACAGUCAGAUGUCUUUCCUAUUUCGAAUCCAUUCGAUUACCAACACGUUUCAUCGAAUGGUUUACUGAUGUUAAUAGUUAUACCAAAGAGAAGCAAACAUCUCCAUCUCAAAAUGUACAAAUAUUAACCAGUUAUUUUCUAAGAAAUAUCAUUCGAAAUGGUUAUUAUACUCAGAUGUGCUCGAUCAUUCAGUCAAAAGUACCACCAAAUGUCAGCAAAAGCAGUCGUGUACCAGCUAUUGAACCAAUUGUUGAAUUACUUGCUCGACCAAUUGAAUAUCAAUCCCUCGAUUCAGUUGUUCGCGAUGAAGCACUAGUGACACUUCGAAAUGAAUUGUUUUCCCGAUCAGAUCUUCCUGCAUUACCACUAAUCAUCACUCCAACGUUGAUUCACCGACCUAAUUUUCCUUCGACACGUUAUAUCGAACUGGUCGACUUCCACCCAACAUUUCCCGUUGACUCUUCAUUGUAUCAAAACUGGAGACUUUAUCAGCUACAUGCAUUACUACUGAUCAUUGAUAGUCGAAUCGAUGAAUUACCAGCAUCGUUAACAAAACGAAUCGUUGCAAUUAUUCGAUAUUUCAGCAAUGGUCUCAUCACUACAAAUUUCAAGAAUUUACCUAUACAUGAUCAAUAUGCAGAUGAACACGACCGAGAUGAUCAAAUGAAUAUGGACACAGAUGAACCCGAUGGCGAACUAAUAGGAGAUUGUUUGACAAUACUGAAUAAACGUUCGAUUACGAACUACUUGAUUAAAUUAGCUGAUCGACAAAGUCAUCAAACUUUAACUGAUGAUGACAAUGACUAUAUUGGUAAUUUGGCUACGAUAGCUCAUAGUUUAAUCUUUCAUCGCAAUGAAUCUAUACUUCGAUCAAAUUUCCUACUAAGUUUAAGUACGUCAACAGCAUUUCUUCGUCAUUUAUGGUAUGUUUGUCGAACAUUGACGUACGAAACUGACUAUCGAGAACAAGUUCUUCUCCUCUCCCAUAUUUCGUGCGCUAAUCCAUUAUUGAAAGACAUUGAUAUUGAUCGCAUCGAACCAUUACUUGUCACAUUCUGUUCACUAUAUAGUAUGUCCCUAGUACCAUUACAUGACGAUGAAUUUUUCCGCGGUCCACCCGAAACUGCGUUUCAUACGAGCCAAAUUUCUCAAAUGGUUCGCACCUUACAAGACGUGUGUAUGGGCAUUGUGAGAUUUAUGUAUCCCGAUAAACAAAUAACGAAUCCAUCAACAAAUACAACCGAUAAUAGUGAGCCAAUGACAAAGGCUCUUCGAGCAAAUAAGCAAGUGGAGAUAGCAAGACAAAAAGCGACAAAGUUUUCAAUCGUUUUCAAAAUUAUUGUACAACUAUUGCAACAACUUCGAGCGAGAGACGUUCGAAGACAGUUCUGUCCUCCGGAAAAUUGGCUAACAAAUCAGUUUCAUUUGCAUCUUGAUAAGACAUACAUCGUACCAUUUGCUCGUGGUUUAUCAGAUCCAUUACUAUUGUCGUCGGAUGCAUAUUUCAGUCGUGAGCGAGCGCCUGAUGCAUUUACAUUUUCUGUAACUGAACUUCGUUUGCUGACUAUUCUUCAACAAAUUCCAUUCGUUAUUCCAUUCGAUACGCGAGUUCAAGUUCUGAAUUUACUGGUUCAACAAGAUAAAAUGGAACAACAGCAAGGCGCAGAAUUUCUGCAAGCUGGUUCAACAAUUAAUGUCCGUAUACGUCGAGAUUACAUCUAUGAAGAUGCUUUCGAAAAACUGAGUCCUCAAAAUGAACCAAACCUUCGACGUAGAAUGCGCGUUAGUUUCAUCAAUGCUGUUGGUCUUGAUGAAGCAGGUGUCGAUGGUGGUGGUUUGUUUCGUGAAUUUAUGAAUGAAUUACUGAAAUCAUCAUUUAAUCCAAUACGUGGUUUAUUUAAAUUGACUAGCGAUGGUUUUCUCUAUCCCAAUCCGAAUAUUGCUUUUAUUGACGAAAAUUUUGGUCCACAUUAUUACUUUCUAGGUCGAAUAUUAGGCAAAGCGAUCUACGAGAAAUUUCUGGCUGAAUUACCAUUUGCAACAUUUUUCCUUCAGAAAAUCCUCUCGCGUUCAUCAGGAAAAGUUGAUAUUCAUCAUUUGGCCUCACUCGAUCCAGAAAUGUACAAGAAUUUACUCUAUCUGAAAAACUAUGAUGGAAACGUUGAAGAUCUCGGAUUGGACUUUACCAUUGUCAAUAGUGAAAUCGGACAAACAGAAGUGACUGAAUUGAAACCCAAUGGAAGAAACAUUGCUGUAACCAAUGAAAAUCGUAUUGAAUAUAUUCAUCUGGUUGCUAGCUAUAAAUUGAAUAAACAAAUCAAUGAACAAGUAUUCAAGUUUCGACAAGGACUUGGUGAUGUUAUCAAUUUGGAAUGGUUAAGAAUGUUCGACGCGAACGAAUUGAGAAUAUUAAUCUCGGGUGCACCCGGAGAAAUCGAUGUGAAUGAUUGGAGAAAUCAUUCUCAAUACAGAGCACCGUACAGUAAAGAACAUCCUGUCAUUCAAGCUUUUUGGCGUUGUGUUCAUGACUUUACUGAAGAUCAAAAACGUAAAUUAUUGAAAUUUACGACGAGCUGUUCGAGACCACCAUUGUUUGGAUUCAAGGAACUAUAUCCGGAAUUCUGUAUACAAUCUGCUGGUUCGGAAAUUGAUCGUUUGCCAACAUCAAAUACGUGUAUAAAUCUCUUGAAAUUACCUGAAUAUAAGGAUGAAAAUAUGCUCAAAGAAAAACUUUUAUACGCUAUUCAAGCAGCAGCGGGAUUUGAAUAUAGUUGA